CUUCUAUUAUGCUAUAAACCUAACUAAGUGGCUUGUUGGAGCGUCACAAAACUCGAAGAUAUUUGAGCGUCCACUUUAUAACCGGAUUCCUGCAAACAUGGAAGUAUUUAUUGACAUUUCGAGAACUUGAGUCCUCAUUUUACCAUCACAACCACAACCUGAAGACCAGGGUCAUUUGCCAUUGCUAUACUGAAGCUGGCGAUUGACUUGUCGUCGGAAAUACACUCAAUCAUGAACAUGUUGCCAUUUCGAUAUUUGUUGUUGAUGCUUUGUAUGACGUUGAUCGUCAUAUAUGAUGUUGAAAGUGCGGAAUCAGAAGGACCAGCCAAUUUUAAAAAUCCAUUUACGAGUCUAAAGGAAACAAUUGACGGUGGAAUAACUAAAGUUAUUGACAAAAUAAACAGAAGAGUUGGGAAAGCAUCUGAUAAAAUAGAUAAGAAGAUAGAAUCUGCUGCUGCUAAAAUAGAUAAAGUGACAGACAAAAUAGAAAAGAAAGUGGGAAAAGUGUACAGGUCGUUUCUUGAUGCAGCGACAUAUCUGAUGAAAUUUGGUUACCUUCGAACUCCAAAGAAAGGGGCCUCUAUAACUGAUGCAGAAUCAGCUGUAAAAGCAAGCGUUGCUAACUUCCAGCGAUAUGCCAGAAUUCCCGCUACAGGUGAAGUAGACGAUAAGACGCUAGAAGCAAUGAACUGGAAGCGAUGCGGAAUGCCAGAUCCAAUUAUUAACGGGCGCAAGAAGAGAUUUGUCACGCAGUCCAAAUGGUCCAAGAAAUCACUAACCUAUAAGAUCGAGAACUAUUCACGAGAUUUGUCACGUUCACAAAUAGACCGUGACAUCUACAAUGCUUUACAGGAAUGGAGCAAGGUAUCCGACCUGAAGUUCUCGAGAACAUCUGGAAAGGCCGAUAUUGCUAUAAGAUUUGAAAAUGGGGACCAUGGCGAUGGAUACCCAUUUGAUGGACCUGGAAGUGUUCUUGCACAUGCGUUUUAUCCAUCGAAAGGCGACUUACAUUUUGAUGAUGCAGAAUCAUACACAGCUAAUACGAAAAAAGGAACCAAUUUGUUCAUUGUUGCUGUUCACGAAUUGGGGCAUUCACUUGGUUUGGACCACACUAAUGUAUUGGGAGCGACGAUGUAUCCAUUUUACCAGGGUUUCGUAGAAGACUUCAGUCUACACCAAGAUGACAUCAAUGGAAUACAGAGCUUAUAUGGGCGGAAUAGUGGAUCCAGUGGAUCUAGUGGAUCUGGUGGAUCUGGUGGAUCUCGUCCAACGACGCCUCCACGAGGGCGUUGGACGGUAUGGUCGUCAUGGAGCAGCUGCUCCAAAACAUGCGACCAGGGUGUCUACUCAAGAAGGAGAAGCUGCUACGGAGGGAAAUGCAGUGGUUCUGGAAGUGAAACCAAAGCCUGCAGACUGAGAAGUUGCUCGAAUGGUUCAGGUUCUGGUAGUGGUGGCAGCGUUAACUGCUACGAUUACGCUGCCUAUUGUAGCGCAUGGGCAAAACAAGAUCAGUGUCGACGCAAUCCGACCUAUAUGUUGGCAUACUGCAAAAAGUCAUGCAAUGCGUGCGGUUGGAAUAAACCAUCAUCAGGUCGUUGGGGCAGCUGGUCAUCAUGGGGAUCAUGUAGCAGAUCCUGUGGUGGAGGAACACGGACCAGGCAACGCCGUUGCUAUGGGAGGAAUUGUAGCGGGUCGUCAAGGGAAACUGGUUCUUGUGGCACGAGUAGGUGCCCAUCCAGAGGAAAAUGGCAUCCGUGGGCAUCGUGGGAAACAUGUUCCAAGAGUUGUGGAGGUGGUACAAAAGUAAGGAGAAGAUAUUGCAGCGAUCAAGGUUGUACUGGAGAUUCAUAUAAAACGGCUCGCUGCAACACACGUUCUUGUCCAAGAGCGAAAUGGAACGCAUGGGCAACUUGGUCCACGUGUUCAGAGAAAUGUGGAGGCGGGACUAAAUCCAGGAGAAGAACGUGUAAUGGAUCUAAUUGUAAAGGUCUUAAUUAUCAAUGGAAAUCGUGCAACAGUAAAUCAUGUACAGCAAGUAAAACGAGUGAAUGGCGUGACUGGGGUGAGUGGAAUCAAUGCACGAAGUCCUGCGGGACAGGCUCUAGGCUGAGGCGUCGUACAUGCGCGUAUGGGACAUGCUCCGGAGCAACAACACAAUCAAAGAAAUGUAACACCAAUCCAUGCAGCCGAAAUGGCAAAUGGGACUCGUGGUCGUCGUGGACGGCGUGUUCACGUUCGUGUGGGGCUGGAUCCAAGAGACGAACGCGGUCGUGUGUCCCCCGAGGAUAUUCGUGUAAAGGAAUAUCUGUUCAGGAUAAAAAAUGUAAUACUCAAUCAUGCACAACCAAAAGUAGAUGGGCUCAGUGGGGUACGUGGUCUACCUGCAGCAGGUCUUGUGCGGGAGGAAGCACGAGGAGACGGCGUGCUUGCAUAGGUUCUUCUUGUAAUGGAGUGAGUUAUCAAGACAAGAAAUGCAACAAAAAGACUUGUCCAACAAGAACACCGUAUUCUGUGGACAAAAGCCACGGUGGGUCAUGUAUAGACCAGAAGCCAUCAGAAUGCCCAAGUUGGGCUGUACGUGGAGCCUGUAGGACAAAUGAAGAAUACAUGAGGACAAAUUGUUACAAGUCUUGCAACUAUUGCCGUUCAAAUCAAUCUUCAGAGCGAGAAAAUCCACAGAGAUCUACCUGCACAGACCAAGACCCGGGCCGUUGCUUGAUAUAUAUGAGGGCGGGGGAGUGCACCAAAAGACGUACAUUUAUGAGCAGGUACUGCAGGCGUACAUGUCGGUUCUGCCGAUAGGAUAUCAUAUAUGGACAGAUGCUGAUGAAACAAAAUUGUAAAAAGACAGCUAAGCGCACAAUGAUAAUACAUAGCUAUAGCUAAUAGCUAUACCACUCUUAGUCCAUUUAUAGCUGGAUGACAUGUGUGUGUACUAACAAUUUGGAUACACUCUGAGUACAAAUAGAAAAAACAGAACAUAGGCUUUAGGCCAAUAAAAAGAUGACAGUUAAAGAGAAUAUAAGAAUAUACUUAUAUUGAUAUUCUCAGGUUUACAGUACUACCAUCUCUCUAUGGACAUUCGAUCACCCAUGAAGCCCUUGGUACCGCUUGACACAAAAAAUGACACCCACACCUACAUAAUGUUUCAUAACUGUUUGUCUAAAGAAAUUCUGACUUGUUUUUCCCACAUUAAAACUACACUCCAUUUUUCAACUCCACAAGAAGUUUCAGAUGACUAGCUCACUUAGAUGCACAUUUAUGAGCGUUACAAAAUGUG